AUGGGCAAUGCUCAUAGCCUGCCUGGACAGGAUUGUCUUCUGGACGCGGUCGGCCACAAAACGAGCCUCGUCACAUUCCGGAAUGACGCGUUCUACCAUUUCAAAGCUCCUUCCCUAUACAAUCUCAAUUUUCCCGUGAAACCAAUCGCGGUGACCUUUCCUGAGAAUUCGGAGCAAAUUGCCAGAAUUGUUCAAUGCGCUUCCCGUCACUCGCUCAAGGUCCAGGCCCGCAGCGGUGGUCACAGCUACGGCAAUUAUGGCCUCGGAGGGGAAGAUGGUAUGAUAGUGGUCGAUUUAAAGCAUCUCCAGGAGUUCUCUGUGGACCCCGUCACACACGUGGCCACCGUUGGUUCUGGCACCCUCCUGGGAGACCUCCACUCGCGGCUGUAUCAUGCUAGUCAACGGGCGGUAGCACACGGUGCGUGCCUGAAUGUGGGUAUUGGGGGUCAUGCGACGAUUGGUGGGUUGGGCACCAUGUCGCGUCAAUGGGGCAUGGCUCUCGACCACAUUCGAGAGGCAGAGGUGGUGCUCGCGAAUGGCAAGAUCAUCACUGCAUCAGCGACUCAGAAUCCGGAUGUGCUUUUCGCCAUCAAAGGGGCAGCGGCCAGCUUUGGGAUUGUCACGAAAUUCAGGUUAAACACUCAUCCGGCUCCUACGCAGGCUGUGCAGUACUCGUACACGCUCAACGUGGGGACGACGGCGGAGCGAGCACAACUCUUCGCCGACUGGCAGCAAUUCAUAUUCACGAAGAAUCUCACCCGCCGAGUCUCGAGCGAGCUGGUCGUAUUUGAGCAUGGAAUUCUGCUUUCAGGUACAUUCUUUGGAACUCGCGAUGAAUGGAUGGCUCUUGAGAAGGAGUUGAAUUUCCCUGCCGCGGACAAAGGAGCCUUGAUCAUACUCACGGACUGGCUGGGUAUGCUUGUAAGCCGAGCUGAAGAUCUCAUCCAGCAGGUCAGUGGGGGGGUUCCAUGUUCUUUCUACGCUAAAUCUAUGUCUUUCACCCAUCCCAUUCCCAUACAAGGCGUUGAGUCUCUAUUCACUUAUCUGGACUCGGCAAUCAAAGGUACUCCAGCCUGGUUCAUUAUAUUCGACCUCGAGGCUGGAGCUAUCAAUGAGAUACCCAACAAUGCCACAGCAUAUGCCCAUCGUGAGGUGGUGAUGUGGAUGCAGUCUUACGCAGUCAACCUCUUGGGACCCGUUUCUUCGGAAACUAAAGAGUUUCUGGCUGGCGUUAAUAGUGUCAUUGCGGUAUCUCGUCCAGACGUCCUGUAUGGGGCGUAUCCUGGCUACGUUGACCCUUUACUCGAGAAUAGCCAGCAAGCCUACUGGGGAGACAACUUGCCAAGAUUGCAGAAGAUCAAAAGUGAGAUUGAUCCACUGGAUAUAUUUCACAAUCCUCAAAGCGUCCAUGUCAAUCCGGGGCGUUCGUCGAAGGCGCAAACGGCAGAUUCCAAUUAA